AAUCUACCCGUUUUCUUCUCCGAUGUUUCGUGUCAUGAGAAAACUUCAUGCAGCCAUGGCUCCCAAACCCAAAGAAAACCCUAAAACCUCGAAUCCAGCAAUCGAAGAUCUCUUCUCUUCCCUCAAUAAACAUAUCAAGGGAUCACAUAUCCAGCGAUCUGAAUUUGAACAAGUCGUCAAGGUCGCUGAUCAAGUUUUGUCGAUUUUACCUUCCGAUGAGGAUGCAAUCCGAUGCAAAGUUGUGGCUCUAAUCGAAGCAAAAAAGUUCAAUGAUGCUCUCUCCGUUAUUAACUUGUUCCAGAAGCUUCCAAUGGAUCUAGGGUUUCAAAAGGCAUAUUGUUUAUACCGUCUAAAGAAGUUUGAUGAGGCCUUUGUGAGUUUAAAAGGUCUCGAGAGAGAUUCAAAGACUUUGCUUUUGGAGGCUCAUAUUUUGAACCGUUUGGGGAAAGUAGAUGCUUAUCAGAAACUAAGCAAGUCUAAGAUUAAGUGGUUAGAGGUUAAUCUAGUCGCGGCGUUGAUAGCAGCUGGAAAAGCUUCUCAAGUGCUAAAAGCAUUGGAGAGUUUGAAGAUCAAACCAACGACUACUUAUCAAUUGGCUUAUAAUACUGCUUGCUCUUUGAUCGAAAACAAUGACUAUGCUGAUGUUGAACAACUUUUGCUCACUGCCAGGAGAAUUUGUCAGGAAACUCUCACUGACGAUAAAUCUUCUGAUCUGGCCUCAAUUGCUGUUCAACUAGCAUAUGUUCAACAGGUUCUUGGACAAACUCAAGAAUCCACCAGCUCUUAUGUAGACAUUAUAAAACGUAAUCUGGGUGAUGAACUUACUAUUGCUGUUGCUGUGAACAACCUUGUUGCCUCGAAAGGUUCCAAAGAUAUUUCUGAUGGCUUGAGGAAGUUUGAUCGGCUGAAAGAAAAAGACUCCCAAAAUUUUCAGCUUUCUCAAGACCUCGAUGCAAAGCUUUCACAGAAAAAUAAGGAGGCUAUAUAUGCCAAUCGCGUCCUUCUACUCCUCCAUGCAAAUAAAAUCGCAAAGUUACCUCAGGCACGAGAACUUUGUGCUGCACUGCCCGGUAUGUUUCCUGAGAGUGUUGUUCCUACAUUGCUUCAAGCUGCUGUUUUGGUGAGAGAAAACAAGGCUGCCAAAGCUGAACAACUUCUGGGACAGUGUGCCGAAAAAUUCCCGGAAAAGUCUAAGUUGGUUCUCUUGGCCAGGGCACAAAUUGCUGCUUCUGCCAGUCAUCCUCAUGUAGCAGCAGAGUCCCUGUCCAAAAUACCUGAUAUUCAGCAUUUGCCUGCAACUGUUGCCACCAUUGUCGCCCUCAAAGAGCGUGCUGGGGACAAUGAUGGUGCUGCUGCUGUUCUUGAUUCAGCAAUUAAAUGGUGGUCGAAUUCGAUGACUGAGAGCAAUAAGCUUAGUGUAUUGAUGCCGGAGGCUGCUGCCUUCAAGCUCAGGCAUGGUCAAGAAGAGGAGGCUUCACGGCUAUAUGAGGAGAUUGUAAAAAAACAGAGUAGCAUAGAUGCUCUGGUUGGUCUUGUGACUACACUUGCUCAUGUCAAUGUUGAGAGAGCAGAAACUUAUGAGAAACAGCUUAAGCCCCUACCAGGUUUGAAGGCUGUUGAUGUGGAUAACCUAGAAAAGACCUCUGGUGCAAAACCCAUUCAAGGGUCUGCUGCUUCAUCGAGUCAGGAAGAAGUGAAGAAAGAGAAGGCGAAGAGGAAGAGAAAGCCAAAGUAUCCCAAAGGAUUCGAUCAGGCAAACCCAGGUCCACCCCCGGACCCUGAGAGAUGGCUUCCCAGAAGGGAAAGGUCAAGUUACAGACCCAAGAGAAAGGACAAGCGAGCCGCUCAAAUCCGUGGCUCGCAGGGUGCGGUGACGAAGGUUAAACAAGAAGCAGCUCCUUCAACUUCAAAGUCAAACCAAGCAGCCAGUUCUAAAGCCAAUGCAGCUGCGCCUUCUUCCUCUAAGGCCUCAAAAAAGAAGUCUAGAAGAUGAGCGAAACAACCUUUAAGAUUGUUUCAUAUGACUAGUUAGUAUAAUGAUUGGAAUGGUGGGACAAACAAAGCAAUGAAACAGUUAAUAACAUUUAUCGUUUUAAGGA